UUCGAUAGGCGCACACUCCCACGAGGACACGGAUCACACUGCUGGGUUCACAUGUUCCACCGUUCUGUUGCUCGGAAACUUUUCAUUCCACCUCAAACUCCACUGAGGAUGGAGAAGUCACACAACUUCACAACGCACCAAGUUCUUCCCCUGCAGAGGGCUAAUGAUGCUUCCCAAACCGACAAAAGCAAUGGCAACGCAUACGUGUACAUUUUCAUAGUAAUCUCCUUCUAUGGAGUCUUCCUCGUUGGUAUAAUGCUGGGCUAUGUUCGCUCCAAAAGGCGGGAGAAGAGAAGGUCGAACGUUUUUACGCGCCUGGUGCACGAGGAGGAGCAGCGGGAAUGGGGCGCGCUGAAAAAGAAACACAGCAUCACCAUGACCUCCUUCCAGGUAUCGCUUCCCUUCUCCGCGGGGAGCCAGGAUGUCAAUGAAGGAAGGGUCCUGAGCUCCCCUCUGGCCUGCGCCCUGUUCUCCAUUGAACAAACCAGUGUCAGUUCACUGUGCUCCUCGGCCGACGCGCGCUUUGCCAUCGAGGAGGAGUCGGACAGCGGGACCGCGGAGGGACCGGACGAGACCCUGAAGGGCAGUUCUACUGACAACAGCGACGACUCCACAGAGAUACAGAUACUCAGAGAGGAACUGUGACGCUCAGAACAGAUGAUCAGAGGGGAAAUAAACGCAAAAAACUGCAGACUUUCCAUCCCUCUCCGUCAUAUAGGAAAUACGUGGAGAAGUUAAAGACUGGUAAAGUUUAGCUUGACAUAUGGAACAAUUGCUCUCUAACCAUCCGGUUCUGAGUAUUGAAACGUACCUGGAACCGACUUGAAAUAUAUUUUCUGUAACGAAAUCCUCUUAAGAUGUAGCCCAAUGAUUUCACUGUGCAGUGUUCAUAAUGUCUAUGUAGGUUUACUUGAGGUUGUUGUGUAAAUUGAAGAAGAAAAAAAACAGUUGAAAAAUAAUGAUCUGUUUAAGAGAUAUGGUUCUUCUUUACUCUUCUUGGGAAAUACAUGUUUUUAUUUUGAAAAAACUUUGUUGCAAUAUCUAGUUUUCUCCAAAAGGGGGCAGUGCUGCAGUAGUUUUACCCCACCUGUUGCUGGGGAACACCAGUCAUUUCAGUAGAAGUAACACAACAUAGGGUUUACUGUCCUUGCAUUGUCUUAUUUGUUCUGAAGUGUUGACAUUCUAAUUUAUAAAAUAAGAAGCAAUUUUUUUCAGGCAGUUAGCUGAUUAUUUAUUUUGAAUUAUUUACAAUUACAUAAUUUAGCACAAUUAGCAGACACUCUUAUCCAGAGCCACUUAAAGGAGAAAACAGGGUUAAGUACCUUGCUCAAGGGCACAUUGCCAGAUCUUUCACCUAGUUGGCUCGGAGAUUCGAAACAGCAUCCUAUAUCUGAAAAGUCAUCAUACGGUAAGAUUAGGCCAAACCAUCCCACCCACUGGAGAUCUUCCCAUGUGAUAGGAAUCCUGGGAAACGAGCAUGAAGAAUGCUGGGAUUUCUCCCAAUCGCUAUGACGACAACGCUACUACAGCCCAUCCCCCUCCAGGCUCCUACCCACACACCAUACCAUAUCAGCCCUGCUACAGACCAUAAUGCUCACAACUCACUCCAUUGACAACAUGCCAAACCAAAGUGAGGUAUGCCAAACCAAUAGUGAGGUAUGCCAAACCAAUAGUGUGAAAGAAAAGGAAUGUGUUUUAUGAUGCUAAUUAGAAUGUAAUGAACAAUAAACAAAAUUAACAGUAAACAUUACACAAGUUCCAAAAUAAAAAUACAUUUCAAAUGUCAUAUUAUGUCUAUAUACAGUGUUGUAAUGAUGUGCAAAUAGUUAAAGUACCAAAUGAAAAAUAAAUAUAUGUAGUUGAAGUCAGAA